GUCGCUUUCUUUCAGUCAGCUCGACGUCGUACCGUAAUCCAAGCAUCGACAUCUGAACUACUACGUGGUCUCGGUCAAUUCAUCGCGCAGAACAGUCAUAUCGCCGCUUUUGAACCGGCUCAUCUCGUCAUGUGGCUGCGUACCGUCGACCGGGCACUUCUUCUACAGGGAUGGCAGGACGUAGCGUUCAUCAAUCCGGCGAAUCUAGUCUUCGUUUUUCUGAUUAUCAGGGAAGUAAUUCCAGAUGAGGAGUCUAUCCAUACGGUAGACGAUUUGCACGCCUGGGUACUGACAUGCCUUUAUAUUAGCUACUCCUAUAUGGGCAAUGAAAUCUCGUACCCACUGAAGCCUUUCCUCAUCGAACUC